UUCACCAAUCACAUUUCUCGUUGGAAUGCUCUCCCUUGUAAAAAGUACCGGUUCUGUUAUUUUCACUCGUAAACAAAUAAAUCAUAAAUAAAUACAUGUCAAAUCUUAGUCAUGAUCAGGACGAUACUCCCUGUGUACCUGCUGAAUUAUAAAAUAUUUGAUUUUCAUAUGGUUUGGGUUGUUUUAAACUAGUUUUGUGUCGUGAGUAACUUGGAACUUAAACUGAUUAAAAACUUUAUUUUUUUUUCCGAAUACUAGAAGUUUAAUUGCGAAAGGGAAGUAUUUCAGUGAAGAUGAUGGCCUAUAAAGAAACUUUAAGUAAAGAAAGGUUUUCUUUACUUUUACUGGAACCUGGGGAAAUAUACUUUGAAGAUUAUAGUUGUUUCGGUUAUCCAGGAAAAACAACAGAAACUGAAGCUGUUCAAAAAACACAGAAAGGAAGAUUGAAAGUUUGCUCAAAAUCUAUCUUGUUUGACCCUAAAGAUAUCAUGCAUCCAAUAUUAAAGCUACCUUUACGAGACUGUGUGACUAUUGAAAAAUGGCAAGGAUCUUUGUUAUCAAAGCUUGAUAAAGGAAAUGUCAUAUAUGUUGAAUGUGAUCAAGUAAUUGAAGUUCUUGAAGGAACAUUUAUUGCACCAUAUAAAUUUAAAAGAGAAAGAAACACCUUUUUAUUUGCACUUCUGUAUGGAACUGCUAAUGCUUGUUUAGCACAGAUUUCACAACUAAAAAGAGCAUCCAUGCUAGCAAGUGCUGAACAAGCUUCAAUGAUCGGUGCCAUUGUAAAUUGCAGGCAAAAUAGCACCAAAUUUGACACUAGUUGGUUAGAAGAUUUACAUGAAACGAUACUUCUAGAAACAAUGGGAAAUAAGAUUACUCCUUUAGUAACAAAUCCUGGUAGAAUUCUAUUAACAACUGGACGUCUUUAUUUCCAGCCUUACAACAAUGCCGAACCAUGGCCUGUUCUGAAAAUAAAAUUAUCCAGUAUUAAGCGAGUGAUAAAAAGAAGAUUCCUUCUCAAACAAGUGGGUUUAGAAUUAUAUUGUUCGAAGAAUUCUCCAGUACAACAUUUAUUUCUGUCUUUCAAAACGCAAAGCGAACGAGAUAUACUUUAUCUGAAAUUAGUUAAUGAACCAGCUGUGAAGCUGGAAGACAGAGAUCAAGAAAAUAUGACACUAUUGUGGCAGAAUGGUGCUAUAUCUAAUUAUGAUUAUCUACUUUAUCUGAACAGUUUAGCUGACAGAAGUUUUAAUGAUUUGACACAAUAUCCUGUAUUUCCUUGGGUAUUAUCAGACUAUACAUCUGAGUCAAUAGAUUUAAAUGAUCGGUCAGUGUUUCGAGAUUUGACUAAACCUGUUGGAGCAUUGAAUGUUGAUCGUUUGAAGCGUUUAAAGGAACGUUACAAUGAAAUGGCGGAACCAAAAUUUUUAUACGGAUCUCAUUAUUCUACUCCAGGUUUUGUGCUGUAUUAUCUCGUUAGGAAUAUGCCCCAAUUUAUGUUGUGCUUACAGAAUGGUCGAUUUGAUCACCCUGAUCGUAUGUUUAAUAGUAUUCCUGAUACAUGGCGAAAUAUUACUACAAAUACUUCAGAUUUUAAAGAGCUUGUACCUCAGUUUUACGACUUAGAAGAAAAAGGACAGUUUCUUCUGAAUGGAAAAAGUUUAGACUUCGGAACUCGAAUGAAUGGGGUUAAAGUUGGAGAUGUUGAACUACCCGCUUGGGCUAAAGAUCCUGUUGAAUGUGUGAAGAUCUUACGAGAUGCUCUUGAAUCAGAUUAUGUGUCAAACAGCUUAAAUCAUUGGAUAGAUUUAAUCUUUGGUUAUAAACAAAGAGGAGAAGAAGCAAGUAAAGCUGACAAUGUUUUUUAUUAUUUAACUUAUGAAGGAGCUGUUGAUUUGGAUAGCAUUAAAGACAUCAAUGAAAGAUAUUCACUGGAAGUGCAAAUCAUGGAAUUUGGACAAAUUCCUAGACAACUUUUUAUUAAACCACAUCCUCAAAGGAGAAUUCUGUCUGCCUUAGAUGAUAACAUGCCUGAAUCUCUUGAAAAAUUAUUGAACUCAAAUAAAGAAAGAAGUACCUCAAAUACAAGUACAAGAUCUGAACAUUCUUUCUUGAGAUGGAACAAAAACAUUUCUAAACUUACUCUGAAUUUGGAGUGCAAAUUUCACAGAGAGGUUAUCACUGAUAUAUGCAUCACAAAAGACAAGAAGUUUAUAUUUUCUGUUUCAAAAGAUGGACUUUUGAAAAUGUAUUCACUGGAAGAAAAAAAACAAUUGAGAAGCAUUAAAGUUUACAAUAUGGCUUUAUCAUCUUGUUCUUUAAUGGCAGAUGACAGAACUGUUAUUGUAGGUUCCUGGGACAAUUACAUAUACUUGUAUAAUGUAGAAUAUGGAAAACUCUUAGCAACAACAAUGGCUCAUGAUGAUUCUGUUACAGAUCUUAGUUUUAUGAAUGGUAUCCUUGUCACUGCUUCUUUAGAUUCAACUGCAAAGGUCUGGUUAUAUGAAUCAAGUGAGGGAAUGAAGCCAUCAUUUGAUCUAAAGGCAGAAUUAGAUCACGAAGCUAGUGUUUGUUGUUUAAGUUUGAAUGACAAAAAUCAUCUUCUUGUAACAGGCACUGAUUCUGGUGAAGUGUACAUUUGGGAUAUGGAUACAUAUUAUUUAUUAGGUCGUCAUUUGUUUCACAAAGAUGUAAUUCAUGCUGUACCAUUUAGUCCAGAUGGUCAGAAAAUAGUUACUUGUGGAAGUGAUGGUGUGUUGAAUGUUAUAGAUGUGAAUACUGCUACACUGCUCUAUAGUACAGAAUGUGCAGAAGGCAUUAGGUGUAUUUUAUGGGAUGGUUGUACGGCAUUUGUUGGAACAUUAUCUGGAAAAAUUCUUUUAUGGGACCUUAUGAAUCCAGAGUUAUUAGAAACCAUAACAGCACACACAGGUCCUGUGACUUGCAUAGCUGCAUCAACAGAUGGUAAAAUUUUAGUAACAGGCGGAGGUGAUUAUAGAGUACUUGCUUGGCGUAUAGAAGAUGGCUGAAAAUUCUAUGAAUGUAUAUAAUCUAAUUUUUAUAAACUGUAAAUAAAUAAAAAGUGAUAAUUUAUGAUA